AUGAAGCCCGUUCAACUCUACACUGCUGGCACGCCCAAUGGCCAAAAAGUGUCGAUCAUGCUCGAAGAGAUCAAGGCGCUCAAUCCCUCGUUCGAGUACGAGACGCAUGCCAUCGACAUGAGCAGGAACGAGCAGAAGGAGGAUUGGUUUCUCAAGAUGAACCCGAAUGGCCGUAUUCCCACGCUUCUCGACCCAAACAACACUGCUACGCAUCCCGACGGGUUUCCGGUCAUGGAAUCCAUGGCUAUCCUGCUGUAUCUGGAGAAGAAGUACGACGACAAGCACGUCUUCUCUUGGUCUGACUCGGAUCCCAAGGGUGAAAACUACAGGAACCAGGUUCUGCAGUGGUGCAGCUGGCAGAGCGCAGGCCAGGGUCCUAUGCAGGGCCAAGCGAACCAUUUCCGCAUGCAAGCUACAGGCGACUCGAAGAACGUCGUUCCGUACGGUAUCAAGCGAUACCAUGAUGAGACGGUGCGUCUGUACGAGGUGCUCGAAAACGGCCUGCAAGGACGCGAUUACCUUGUUGGCGAUGCGAAGGGCAAGUACUCUCUCGCCGAUAUCCUCAUCUUUCCCUGGGCUCUAUGGUACCGGUUUGCGGGCAUCCGAAACCAGGAGGUGGGUCCCAACGUCAAAGCCUGGAUUGACAGGAUCAAGGCUCGUCCGGCCGUGCAGAAGGGGUUGGAGGUCCCCUCCAAGUCUGAAUUGUUGAAAAACCUUGAAGACCCCGACUGGAUGCCUGCCAUGCCCGAAAUUUAG